AUGCCUUCUCGUCUCCUCGUCGAGCGACCAUCUCCAACAACUGUACUGUUCACUGUUUCCAAUGCUCCCUCACGAUCGUCGAUUACCUCGAAACUCCUUUUCUACCUCGAAAUCCUACUGCGGGUCAUAAUUUUUGCAGCUGUGUUGCUGGUCGAUGCUGCAAAGCUUCGCGACUACGCAUUCUGCCAGGAUGGAAUUAUACCAUGGAGCAACGUCUGGUCCAGCCCUGCGGGCCUCAUGGCAUGCCACAUCGCAGACCGUCAUCUCUGGCAGGUAAUCGCACCAAGUAGUGCGGUGCUACUGUAUCUUAUGGUUAGGAAAGGUUAUACGGGCUCUCCUAUCUACGUCGAAGCUGAUAGAUUGUCAAAAGAGGAAUCCCUCCUUGUGAUCCGCGGCCUCGGCGUUCAGACUUCCACCUCCUCAGCCACCUAUUUUAUGAGUGCCACAACACGAUUUAUUCCGACAACUCAAAUACAGGACAUUGUCAUUCAUGAAGCGUUCAAAGGCUUUGAAGUCCGGUUUUACUUGGCGAUUAUCGUGGAAGCCGAAGCGGAGGUAGUCGUUGUAUUCCCGGUGCGCAAAUCGUAG